AUGGUAGGGCCGGGUUUCCCCUUUUCCCCAGGCCAAUGGAGCUCUCUGCUCACGAACAUGUGCUCCCGCUAUCUCGAAGCGCGCGCCUCGCUGAGUCCGGAGGAGGCGGAGGCCAUUUCCCAGUUCCUUCGGCAGAGCGUUCAGUUCAUCGAGCAGUGCAUUCGAUUUCGAAUUCUCGAGGUCACCCCGCGGGAAUCGCACUCCUGCACCUCGACGCAGACGCUGCCCGCCUCCCACACGCCCACCGGCGAUGGGUCUCUCGACGAUCCCCACGACACCGCGAGCCUCUCCGCCAAAACGGACAGUUCCGUGGUCGCGCUGACCGAUAUCAGCUCGGUGUCCUUCCGCUCGCGCGAGUUUCGCGCGAUCAAGCUGCUGAUUCUGGCGGUGGCGGAGCUGCGAACGCGCUACCCGGACGCGGUUCGGCAGUUUUUGGUGUGUUCGCCGACCGAUGCCGCGCUGGGGAAACAGGGAAACACCCCACGAAACGGCGAAGAAAACCGCGGUGAAGGGCAGAAGGAGGUGCAGAAGGAGGUGAAUAACGAAUUGCAGAACGAAUCUCAUAACGAACCUCAUAACGAAAUUCAUAACGAAUCUCAUAACGAACCUCAUAACGAAAUUCAUAACGAAUCUCAUAACGAACCUCAUAACGAAAUUCAUAACGAAUCUCAUAACGAAAUUCAUAACGAAUCUCAUAACGAACCUCAUAACGAAUCACAGCUACCCACCCAGAACGAAACAUCGGCCUCCUUUUCGGCCUCCUUUUCGGCCUCCGUCUCAUCGCAGGUCGAGGCUUCGCAGGGAGGGUCGAGGGAGGAGCCUGGACUGAACGAAGCGGAGGCCAAGCAGGCGCUGCGUCGCUGGCGACAACUGCAUUUGGUGGGGACGGCGAUUAGUCGGCUGACCGGGGAGGAGGACGUGCACGACAUCACGGACGUGAACGACAUCAAACGCGAGGUGGAGCAGUUCCAGCCCAUGGAGGCGAACUUCACGGGGUCGCUGGGAAUCACGGAGCACGCGCGGCGGAAGCAGGAAGAGGCGAGAAUGCAGACGGUGUGGGAAGAGAGCGUGCAGAGCGUGUGGAGGGAGGAUUUGUGGUUCAAAGCGGUGAAAAGCGGGACGGAAGAAGACCUGCAAAACAUGGAAAAACUGCUCGGAAAGGACCCGAACGCGUUCUAUCAUGAGUGGGAUCCUCGAAAGCUGAUCAACUGCGUGGAUUCGCAGAACCGAACGGCGCUGUACUUGGCGUGCUACAACUGCAAUCUCGCGAUGGUGCGGUUCCUUGUGGCUCGGAACGCGGACCCGCGCAUCGCUCGCGUCCUGGACGAGAAAACGGAGGAAACGCCGCUGGGGUGCGCGGUGCGAUGGGGCUACGUGGAAGUGGUGAAAAUCCUGGUGGAGCAGGAGAAGUACUGCAAGGUGGAAAUAAAGACGAUAGCUCGACUGAGGAAGCGAUGCAAGAACAAGGAGAUUGAAGAGAUUUUGAAGAAGAAGUAUUUGGAGUAUAAGAGUGAAUUGAAAUAGCAAUUGUAUCAUG